AUGAACACGGGCGAUCUGAUCCAGGCGUGCGUCAAGAGCCCCUACGGCCUGACGGGCCUCUCUGCAGAAGAGAUGGGCGCUGUGUGGCGUGGGAUUGGGCAGUUUGUGGCUGGUGGCAUGGCGCAAGGCAAGGGCGUGGUCGUCCCCGGUCUAGGCCAGUUUACCUUUUCUGCGGCGAGCACGGAUCUGGGCAAUAGCGUGAAGCAUCGGGCGGCGCCUGCAUUUUACCUCAACGAGCGGUUUGCAAGGACGCAUGGGGUGCGGAGCAAGAAGGCUCAUCCAACCUCGCGCAUUCCGCAGGUCUCGCUCAAUCUGGCGGCGGUGGCCCGGCGGACGGGCAGCUCGCGCGAGGCCGUGUCGGCUGUCCUCAAAGACGUGCUGGUUGCUGUUGCCGAUGCCAUCCAUGUCCGCAAGCCAGUCACGCUCGACGUGGGCGUGGGCCGGCUGCUGUUCCGCGGCGGGUCGGCGGUGAUGAAGUGGAGCCCGCAGGUUGUGGAGCAGUGCCGGGCGCUGGGCAAGCGGGCAACGACCAAGGCGCGACCGAUGACUGCAUCUGCAGCGCUGGCCCGGAGCCGGAGCCGGGGCUCGCGUGCCGGAGCGUCGAUCCGGACCGGCUCGUCGCGACCGGCGUCUGCGCAGAGCUCGCCGCGGGGAGGCGGUGCGCCGCCGCAGAGCGUGCGGUUCGACGGCAGCGCCGGCAGGCGGCGGCCGAGCUCGAGCGCGAGCUCACAGGGAGGGUCGUCGAUGUUUGAGGCGCAGGCGCCGCCGGUCCGGCCGAUGUCCGGCACGGUCCGGCCGCCGGUGGAGGCGACCGACGCCAACGACCCGGGCGGCGUGCUUCUCGACCGGCCGCCUGCCGAGGGGACGUGGGUGGCCGGGACGUCGGUGGCACCUGCGAGCCUGGCCAAGACCCGGCGGCGGACUAUCGAGCAGGGCGAGGGUGACGACGAAGUGUACGACUACGACCGCGUGGAAGAGGCGCGGCGCAACUACCGUGAGGCGCUGGCGGCCAAGCGGGUGGUGCAGAUGAAGGAGGACGCGAUGGACGAACACAUCCGGGCAACGCUGGCGGCGGACGCGGCCGAGGCGGCAGCCAAGGACGCGGCCGAGGCUGCGGAGCGGCGGGCGGAGGAGGAGCGGAUCCGCAAGCUCAACCAGCAGAUGGCGGCCGAGCGGGCGCGGACGCGCGAGCUGAUGCGGCAGUCGGAGCGGGCGUUUGAGGAGAAGCCGAUCUUUGGCGACCGGCCUGCGACGCCGCCGCCGGCCAUGAAGGCCAACGAGUAUUCGCUCCUGCUCGAGGAGCAGAUCAACUACCGCAACGCUCGCAAGCGCCAGGCCAUCGAGGAAGAGAUGGCGUACGCGGCAGUGACGCAGACCAUCGUCGACUCGGAGCUCGACCGCGCUGACGAGGAGUACGAGGCCGAGCUUGCCCGCAAGAAGGCCGCGACUGCGGCGACGCUCAAGAUGCAGAUGGAGCUUACCCAAAAGGCGCGACUGGAGGAGGCGCGCGCGAACGCGCUUGCCCCGGCGCUCUGCAUCAUCCCCAUGAAGGAGUCGGAGACCAAGGCGGCGCAGCAGGCCUCGACCCGCAAGCUCUUCACUGACCAGAUGGCGCUAAUUGCGCAGCGCAAGGCAGCCAAGGCUGCACAAGACGCGCGCGAUACCGAGAAUGAGCGCCAGCAGCUCGCCAAGCUCUCCACCGAGCGCUUUGCCUCCACAAUGGCCGACCACGAGCGCCGCAUGGCCAAGCGCCGCCAGCUCGAGGAGACCUGGAAGAUUCAGAUCGAUCAGAAGAAGGCGCUGGCCGCCGAGGAGGGCACAGACAUUCCGCGAAACACCUCACUUCCGCUCAAGCGUCGCCCCAUGCGCCGCUCCGGCCGCAAGAAUGUGGUCCAGCGCCGCUACAGGCUGCAGACUGGUCUCGGGUUUUAGCCGUAAAGGCUUUCAGAAAACUCACACACUCUCUUGUCUGUGUGAUCAAGGCCGAGCGAUUCAAGAAAUAAAAUCGUUUCCACAGGUA